AUGGCCAUGCCCAUGAGUAGUGAUCCCGCAGCUAGGAAACGAGUUGGCUCAGUCGUUCUUCUUGUGGAAGCUGCAUACAAGAGUACAAGGGGUAAGGAGUUCCAGGUUUGGGGAAGAGGUGAGCACAAGGACCAGACAGAAUGCCUCCAAGAAGUUGGUUCACCACUCCAGAAAGAAAUAGAACACAUUGAUACCAAGGAAGAAGAUCAUGACCUAUUCAGCGAAGGAGAAGAGACUGACUCAAACAUCUCAAAGACACAAGAAGGAAGAGUUCACUCUUCAAUACAAGAAGAUCAUGGAAGCUCCAGCAGGAUGGAUGCCGAAAGAGCUACCAGUAGACAGUCGAGUCUAGCUAAUGACAGUCAUCAAGUGUAUCAAUAUCAGAUGGGUGAGGAGAAGAUCUUGACUUCGGAACAUAAUGGCUCCAUGUACAGUGUCUUUGAGGAAAGAACUUCAAUGACUGAACAAAGAGAAGAGAUCGAUGAUAGUUGGUCGCUCAACGAGACAAGACCUUUCAUCCGAACACCCGAUGUAAGUCUUAGUAGGUCUUAUUCGCAUCAUGAAGAUCACGUAGAAGAGAUCGAUGAUGGUUCGUCGCUCAACAAGACAAGCGCUUCAAUCCGGACACCCGAUGUACGUCUUAGUAGGUCUUAUUCGCACCAUGAAGACCAAGUAGAAGAGAUCGAUGAUGGUUCGUCGCUCAACGAGACAAGACCUUCCAUCCGGACAUCCGAUGUAAGUCUUAGUAAGUCUUAUUCGCACCAUCAAGAUCAAGUAGAAGAGAACAGCGAUGGUUGGUUGCCCUUUGAUACAAAUCCUUCCCUCCAGACUCCAGGACGAUCCGGCGAGAGGCCUUACUCAUGCCAUCAUUGCGGGAAGAGAUUUGCCAGCAAACAAGCCGUCAACAGCCAUAUGCAGUUCCACAAACCGUAUCAUUGCCCAAAGUGUAAUAAGGGAUACUAUGCAAAGGAAGAGUUGGCAGAACACAUGGACACUCACAAUUCGGCGCAUGCUCCGAAGAUAAUGUACCAUUGUACCUACAUGGACUGCGAUAAGGAGUUUCCCACCCACCAAGAGAAGCUAAAUUUCAUUGCGCUGAGUGCGACGAAGGUUUUUUCGAGAGGGUCACUUUGCUAG